AUGUCUAAGGACUCGGUACACUCGCGCAUUCCUCGGCUCAACAGCACCAGCAGCCGCAUUCCGGUGGCGGGAAGCUUUCGUGUGCCCACCUCCAACAUCCGCCUGCCUGGGAAACGUGGGGCAGCCCCACAACCUCCGGCCACCCCGAUCAGUCUGUUCGCACCAGCGGCCCAGCUCCGUUCGGGAGCAAUUUCUAUCCCUCGUUCCUACUCUGGCGAUAAGCUGUACAAUGGUGAACCGAGCCCGUUUCCGUUGCUAGCCGCUUCCACACCGAUGCCGGGACAGCUGGCCCGGUUAGGUCUGGUCACCCCGAAAACGGUCUUCGUUCCACACCACAAGAAGCAGGAGUUGAUCGUGUCGGUGGCGACGACCGAGCGGCUGGAAGACAUCAAACUCUGCCGCAGGGAGUUCGCGAUCCCCAGUGACGACGACGAGGACGACGAGGACGAAAACGGGGACGUGUACGAUGUCCGCAGGGUCGGCGAGGAUGAGUGUGGUCCAGAAGCGACCGUUACGAUGCUGGUAGACGAAUCGCUUGAGCUGGUUGGGGCGGACAGUACGGACAAUUUGCUUGAAUCUCCACCAGCGGAACGACCUGUGCGCGAGGACAUCAACGCAACGGCGCUCGUCGUCGUGGGAAAACCCGCCCCGACGUUCGUCAAGAACACCGAGCACACGGUGACGCUGCAGCGUGAUGGUAACGUCACGUACGAGAUCCGGCGCAGCGGUACCUUCGUGAAGUCUUCGCGUGAAUCUUUGAGCUCACCACAGGAUCAUCUGCGACCGCCGAUCAUGAACCAGACGCGUACACGCAGCCAAACAUCGUCACUAGUCGCCCACGGUCUGGCUGGUUUGACGAAGACAUUCCGACGCGAGAGCACCGAAAGCAUCGGCUCACCGGUGUUGGACCUCACAGGAACCAUGUCCUUGCGGCGACCGUCGACGGGUGAACUGCUGCUGGAUGAAGAUGGCCUGCGGCGUCCAGCGAUCCUUAACUCGACGAUGGUACACGAUCGGUUGCUGAACGUGACGCAAAGCAUUCCCAACAUCACGCAGGAGCUGCUGUACGCGGAUGUCGGCACCGAACCGUGUCUAGCGCCGGGUGAUAGUGUCCUAAACCGGACGCACUCGGUCGAGGAGCAGGAGGCAUCGCGAGGGCUUGGAACCGGGCACAAACCCAAGUCUAGCAGGUUGACACGCACCCUGGAGCAAUCGUUGAAUCUAAUGCAAUUCAGUGGGGUUGGUUCUGGUAGCAAACGGAGCAGUGGAAUGGCAGCGGGUUUCGGUUCGAUAAAACAUUCAGAUGCAAUGGACACUCCGGGAGUGGGCAGUGCCGGAAGAAGACCGACUGUUGGCAAUCAACUCAGCACUAGUAUGCUUAUGCUGGACGUCAGCGUGCAGGAUCGCACACUAGUUCCCGUGGAACUGGAUGCAGCGAGUGAUGACGAGGAUGAUGGGAAAGUCGCCUACACCGGUGGCGCACAUCGACAUGAUGGUCAGAGUGAAGCGAGUGCGGAUGUAAGCGCAGGAAAGGAAAUAUUCGACAUGAGUCUCGACGACCCGGAGUCCUGCGAGCAAGACGAUCAGCAGCAACAGCUACAGGAACCACAAAACCAUCUCCACCAUCAGCAGCAGCAGCACCAGCAGCAAGAGGUCGUGAUGAGGCGACAUUUGGACACCCGUUCUAACACUGUUCCAGCUCCAAAGCAACGCUUUUCCUUCGGACUCGAUCUCACCGACUGCACGCUGGACUGCUCGAUCGAGCUGUGUGAUUCGUCGUUAUCACUCGCGAAACCUGCCCACCUAAAGUCACCGACGAGCUCGCUCACGAAACAGGGAUCGUUCGAGAUGGACGAAAGCCUCGGUAUCCUGACACCGGAUCAGAUGAAGGAGUUUCUCGAUUCGACGACGACCAACACCAACACGAACAACGCGGCUAGUGCGGCUGGUUUGGAGCUGCAGCUGAACACGGGUGUUGGUGGUUCGGGAGGUGGUGGCGGUGGUGGUGCGGGAUCAUCCCAUCAUCACCACAAGCACGGUGCGUUGCAGCAUCAUUGUCGCAUCGAUCAGACACCCUCACCCGAGGAGCUUCCGCUUGAUCCUGUGGGGGUUAAAACGGAUAUGUCCGAUAUCAUGUUGCCGGCGGAAUUACUGCUAAUGGCGGGUGCACCACAACCCUACGGAGGCACGAUGGCUAGCGGACCGAGUGGUGCCAGUGUGGCUGGUGGAGUGAGCGAAUUGUCACAGGCAGACUCCGACCCGAAGACGGAUCAAAUGACGAAGUCCGCCACCUCGUCGAAGGUUUCGAACAGCUUCAUCACAAGUAUCACGAGCAUCACGAGUCUGGACACGGGUUACCAGGGUGAUGGGGAGAUGUCCCGUCCGGCAAGCCGCGGUGCGGAUCAUUCACCCUCAAACGGACCACGUGUCAAAUCGGCUCUUGGUGGAGGCGCCUGGCAGCCCAUGAUGGCGGCCGCUGUUGCUGCUGUACCGCGCCGUCAGGAUCCGAUGACGGAUUCGGAUUUCUUCACCGAAAGCGAUGCGGACGAUGUGUUUAACCGUGGGGAUGCCCGGCGGGCACAGAUUAUCGACGGGCAGCUGUACGGGGCUGGUGCGAAUGCCAUUUUCAAUGCGAUCGACGAGCAGGAUGAUCAGGAUGGAGCUCAGAACGCUGGUCCACUUCACCAGGACGCCGGUCAGAACGAGGACUCGUGUAUGGAAUCGAGCGGCAUUUUCACCGACGUGGAAAACCGUGUCGAUGAUGAUCUCGUGCAGCGCCGUGCGGAUGAUCAGCAGGAAGCUGCUGCAGCUGCAGCAGCAGCAGCAGCAUUCGAUGACGAACCGCAACCGACGGAUGACAUGAGCCCGGAUGUAUCGACGGACACGAUCAGCAGCAGCAACAGCCAGAACUUUGGGCGCGAUGCAAACGAAACGUGCAAAUUGGCGGUUGAUGAGCACGAGAAAAGCUGCUCCAUCGUGGUGGCGGCGUUGCACCACGCGCAGCCAGUUCACGAGCAGCAUGGUGGUGCGAGCACGCUGGCGGCUGAACACCACUACCAGCAGUGUGGCGGUGAUAUUGGUGCCAGCGAGACCGCCCCUAGUAGUGGUGGUGGCGUCGGUGGUGCUGGAAUUGCCGCGCGGCGUUCCGACGGUGCUAGCAGCCUCCCCGAGGGCGAACGAUCGACCGCGUGUGACAGCAGUACUACAAGCGCUAGCAGCAGCACCACCAGCAACAGCACCAGCAGCAGCAGCAGCAGCAGCAGCAGCAGCAGCAGCAACAGCAACAGUGGCAACAAUAGUGGUUGUGGCAACCGUAAGCAGCUGAAAAGUGAAGCAAAUCGCAGCCUGCGGAAGCACCAUGCGGUGGCAUUGGGCGAAAUGUCCUCGACGUCGGUGACGCGUACGGAUCGGUUGAGUAAGGCGCGUUCGUUUAAGGAUUCGUGCGAAGGAUCCCGCCCUGCCACCGGUGAGCGGUGCAAUGACGUCGGUGACGUCGGUCCGGUGGGUGGUGAAUGUGAGCAGGAAAAUAAGCGCCCCGGUGGCGCAGUGAGUGCACGUGGUACCGGUGUGGGGGUGGGGGCGCGUGGGGGUGGCCCUGCCACAGGAUCGAAUCUAAGCUUUGUGAAGAAAUCCAACACCCCGAACAAGUGGGACGCGGUGAUGAGCAAGAUCGCUGAGAAUAAGUCGGGCAUGAGGCGCAAUUUCAGUGACGUGAAGUCGCGCAUCAGCUGUGGUGGUGUGAGUGGGGGUGGUGGAACAGGUGGGGCUGGGAAGGGCCCAGCAGCGUCCUCGGUGGGGCUGUUGCGGCGUGAUUCUCCCGCCACGGUCGGCUCGUUGAAGAGCCCACCGUCUGAGUGUACCAGCGUUACCAGCCGCAGCUCGACGCACGGCAAACGAACGAUCUCCGGUUCGGUGAAGAGGGGACGUACCCACAGCAAGGACAGCCAACAGAGCUCGCUGAGCGAUCUCAGCUUGUCCGGAGGAUCACCGAAACUGGCGCUGAAAGUGCCCAGUGCUCGACCGGCCAAAAAACGAGAUGUGCGCACAAUUAACUCUUCAUCCAGCGACCUGGGACCGCCGUCGAAGACGAAUGGCGCACAACCGGCGCGAAGCAGCGCAGCCCGGGCGGCCGCCGCACUGCAGAAACGUAUCGCACCCAACUUGACGAACGCCUCGAUCCCGCUCGUUCCGGAGCAGCUGAAGGCGUCGCCGCCUACCAAGCGCAAUCUGCUGCUGAAGCGAAACGGAACGGCGAAUGGGACGCUGCCUGCCAAGACACCACUGAAAGGUAAGCUUGCGGCUCAUCUUCUCAAAGAUAAGGAUGCAAACAAGGAGAACACCAUAAAUGGAGAUCACAACCGCCUCUCAGGACCGACUCCGACGUCGAAAUCAUCCGUCGUCGCUGCAAUCGCCAGCAGCAACAACUCACCAAAGCCGCUGGCAAAAUCCCUCCUACGAUCCUCCACCGGUUCCAGCGCGGGUACGACCACGGCGACGAAUCAUCAGCCGAGCCAACAGCAUUUGCUAAACCAUCACUCACAACAUCCCGCUAGCAAUGGCGGCGGAGUGGCCACGACGACGGCGACGACGACGUCCACGGUCAAAGCGGUCCAGCGCAAUGGAACCAUCAUUUUGGAUAAGUCCAGCUCGCCGUUGCUGAUUUGUGACGCUACCACCCCCAGCGUUGGGGAACCGACAAAAGCGAGCUCGGAAGCGGUGGACCUACGAAAUGGUGCCACGACUCGCGAAGAAGCUGAAACACGAUCGGUGGGCCAACCGAAAACACCCUGUGAUCAACUGCGCCAGCACCAACCGCUGGAUCGUAUUGCGAACGGCCCUCAUCGUGAACCGGCUCAGACCAUCGAUAACAGCGGCAGUGGCAAAGGGCCCGAGCUGGUCGAUAUUAGUUUGCUCAACCAUGCCCAGAAGGGCGUGGAAGCGUUGGGAGUUUUAAUACAAUACCUAGUUUUUAAUUUGGAUGCCUUCUCCUGUCCCACAAUCAAGACGGCACACCAGAAGACCACCGCCAAUCUCCAGGAAACAAAGUCCAUACUCGAUGAAGAGCGUACCAACAACCAGGCACUGAAGCAACAGCUUCUAGAAACGACCGAACGUGAAACAGAGCUUCAAGAGCUGCAUCGCUGUGAGCUGACUAGAGUUGAAUCUUGUCUAAGCGAGCAGCAACGCUGUGCCGACGAUCGAAUUGCCGCGUUAGACGAUCAGAUCCACGUGAAAGAGUCCUACACCCGUGAGCUGCUCUCCCGGAUCGAUGGCUACGAAACGAAGCUUGCCGAACAAGCUACCGAGCUGGAGAACUCCCGGGUGCGGGAAAUUGAUCUGUUGCAGCGAAUUAACGCCCUCAGCUGCACAGAAAAUGAGCUGCGCGAUAAGGUGCACUCGAGCGAGCUUGCUUUUAGCGAACGGUUGCAGGCUGCGGCCAUGCGCGAACGUGAGCUUACGGAACAGAUUAACGGUCUGAACCGCGACAUGGAGCGGAUGCGCCGAGAAACAGAACGAAAAGAGCGCGAACUAGAGGAGAAGUUGACCAUCACAAAGGACGAGUGUGUCGUGCUGCGGCAGAGCCGCAAUGGGUCCGUGGAACCAGUGGGCCAAAAUGGCACAUCACUCGGAAACGGCGUCGCUCUUUCCUGUUCAUCGCCUAGCCCGCUGCAGCUUAACCGAUCCUCCGGCAACAUCAACCAUCUGCAGGUGUUGCAAGAUGAGGUGGACAGCUUGCGGUGUGUGCUCGAUCUGAAGCAGCGGGAAAUUUCCGAACUGCGCAAGCAGACGCAGGAGUACGAGCGGGAUGCGAAGGAGUUGCCCGCAGCACUGAUGAAAAAUUCGGCCCUCGAAUCACGAAUCGAGGAUCUGGAGGUGCAGCUAAAGACCAAAACGGAGGAAGAGAAGGAGCUGCAGCAAAAGUUGAAGCACAUGCAGGACAGUCUGGGCCAGGAAACUAAAAUCAAGAGCCGACUGUCGCUGCAUAACGAAGAGCUGCAGUGGCGUUUGAAGCAGAACUCGGAGAAGUUCACGCUUGCGUAUGCUGAACUAUCGAAGAGGUACCACGAAAACUCGAGCUUCAUGUUGAACGCCACAAAAUCGAGCCUAGACCAGUCAGCCUCGGCACACCAUCAUCAUCACCAGCUGAGCCAUAAUCAGUCGCGGUCGAGCUGCUCGGAUCGGUUCUUCGAUAUGGAUGACAUUUCACCGCCAACUUCGCCCGUGAUUAAGGGCAUGGUGGAGAAAAGCGAUUCCGUGUCAUGGGUGCUGGAGAUCGAUGACGAACCACCGGAGGUGUCGGCAUCACGGAUGGUACGUCGGGCAGGUUCAUUUCGCUCUAACACAGCCUACGAUUCCGUUGCAAAGCGUCCAAAGUGCGCUGGCCUGAACCAGACAACGAAUGGGUCGCUGAUGAGUGGCGCUACCCACGGCAGCGGAAUCCAGCAGUCAGCAUCGGCGGCGUCGAUCCUGAAGCAGCAUUCGAGCGACAUGUCCCCGAUUAAGCCUCCGCUGUCGGGCAGCUCGAGCAGCCACCGGCUACGGUCGAAAUCUGUCAGCAUUAAAGCGGCAGAACCACCAAAGAAGAUUGUCCGGUCAAACUCCGGCGCGUCGGCAUCGCCCUGCCCUGGAGCGUCUCUGGCGGUUCCGUGCAAACCGAUGCGAUUCGGUGAUACAAUCGGUUCGUGGAAAGAGCAGCCCUUGUACAGCAGCUCUCCAAACGCCCCUAAGCGGUAUCUCAGCGAGGACAUGUGGACGUCGGAUGUGACCGAUCGCCAGCAACAGCUACAUCGGGCGAAGGACUUGUUCCUGGAGGAGACUGAGUUUAUGAGUGAACCCGAUAGCCCUUUCGCUCGGCGGCCGAAGCUAAACGGGGGUGAGGAUAUCGCCCACGCCCCGAUCGAAGUCUUUCACCGUGACAAGACGCCGAACUUCAAAAAGAGCAAGGAAAACCGUGGCCUGAUCACCUGCGACACGACCGCGCUGACGGGCGGUUCUUCGACAAAGGCCACCGGAAGCGGUCUGACGGCCCGCGAAAAGCGUCGGGAUUAUACGCGCAAAAGCAACCUUAACGGAGGAACACUCCCAAAGGAGGCAGCCGGUGAGGCGCUAGUGUCCGGCUCAAACACCGACGAUGAGGCGUCAUCCACGACAUCCGGUUCGUCGUCGUCUUGCAUUUCCGAGGGCAGCCUGUCGUCGGCCAGUGGCAGCAGUUGCGAAAACAGCCACGACAACAGCCCACUGCACGGUGGCAAGAGGUGCAGCGAUCGAAUGAACAACGACGACACGAUCGAAGGUGAUGAUGACUCGGCGAAGGAGCAGCCACAGGCCCAACACCGGCGGCGGCAUUCGAACAUCUCGCUGGAGGACGCACUCAUGAAGAAGAUUGUGGCCAGCCUGAACGGGGACGCCGUGCUGGACGGAAACGACACGCCAAUCGAGGUCAGCUGGUCCGAGGAUGGCGAUCCGGGAUCGGAAUCGAUCGUAUGACAUGACGACGACAGUUUCUAAACGAUGGCAGCAACACCCCGUGGGGGAAUGAGUGCUCGAAAGGGACACGCGAGAUAGCAAGAGAGAGAUAGAGAGAAGAGAAAAGCAUCAGCGGAAAAGCAUCCACGGAAGGAUGUGGCGAAUGGAGGGGAGGGAGACAUAAUUCUAUGAGAAAAAUGCUGCCACACCACGCAGCGACCGAUGUUUAACAUGCAGGUGAAACAAUUCGCCACCCUUUCCCGGGUGCUUCCGAACAGGCGCGGGUAAACAGCGGGUCAUAUCGCAAUGAUUCCGCCACGAGAUUCGCGUUCGAAUUUUGAAUCUGACUCUUGUGGCUUUCCCUCUUCGAAUUACGUUAGGCUAGGCUAGGUACUCUGAUUCACAGUGACUUGUGGAGUUGCUCGAGCUGCUUAUUAGUUGUUUAAUUUUUAUGAUGUAAGCCCCCUUUUUGUUUUCGUGUUUAAUAUGAUCGUGUAAUUGUCGUUAAUAGGAUUAGCGUCGCUCUCAGUGAAACCACUCGUACCCGAAUACAAACUACGCCGCAUAUAUGAUUACGCGAGUAUACCCGAUCGAGAACAAUAAGAGUUAUCCUAUGAUCGGAAUGUAAGCGAUUUGGUUUGGUCUUGUUUUAUUGCUCGAUGGGGUGGAAUUCCCAUCCUUAGGUUCUUUGUUGCCGCAAUGCUGCAUCGCUCUGGCUCGAUUGAUGCCGCUGUCUGUCGUUAGAAACUGUCGUUAAAGAAUGAAAAUGAGAAAAAAGGAUAUGGGCGGAAUUUCACGGCACCACGGCUACACCGCCGUGUGGUCGUGUGUAAUAUACGAAUGCAAACAUUUGUGUCCCGUGGCCCAGGCGAAUCUACGUCGCCGUGUCGCGUUGUGAAGAAAAGUAGUGUUUUUUGGACCAUAGCGUAGGUGUAUAGUAGAGGUAAAUCAAAACUGUUGGUACUGUUUUUCUUCACACUCCUUUCCGUCGAAUGGCCGAGGUGCCGCUCCGUUGCAUCAGGGUCAUUGUUUCCUGUAAUAUGUUCAUAUAUCCACCUAUCCCUUCGUACUAUUUCCCUAUUACGCUGUUAUGUUGUUGGUAAAAUUUGUGCUGACUCCUCGAUCGGUCUCGCGCCCAGCGGAUCGUGCGGCCUGGUGGAAACACCGGUGUCAAGGUUUGGGAGUUUGAACGAACCGCUGGUAAAUCCGUGCGUAUCGUCUCUGCCACCCGGCGGACGUGCGGCGGUCAAUUGCGUUCGUGUAGAUUUUGGAAACAAAUUUGUCUAUUGGAGCUGCCACGCAACAGCUAGCAUUAUGCAGUGGAGCUAUAUUUGCUGCUAGUUUUUUUUUUAUAGUUAUAACCCGAGAUUGUAUACAUACGAAGGAUAACCGGUAGCGAAACUCGAGUAAUUAGUGGAUUGUACUGUCAGGACGGUGAUUGUGUUUGUGUAAGGCGUAGAGCAUUUAAAAAAGUUUGGAUCCGUCUGGUGGGACGUAAACGUUUGAAGCGCACUGCAAAUUGAUUACGGUUUCGGGUGGCGCUAUAUUGAGAAAAUUUUUGUGCAAACUGGCAGCAAAUGGCUAGCACACGUUCUCAGCAAUGAGCACAUUUUGGAAGACACUCGAGCAUCGAAGGGUUGAAUAAAAAAUGGAGGAAAAAUGAAACAAUAAUUAAACUAAAACACAGUACAGUUAGCGUUUCGAUUAACCAGUUGCAGCAGAUGGAUGGAUGGAUGCAUGUCGUUGAUGGUACAUGAAAUAUGUGGGAAAAUGUGGGGGAGCUAUUGUAAACUACUCAGAUUCUAUGGACACAGCAAAACAAAACAAGUUAUAAUUUAAUCCAAAGCCGAGUGUAAUGUGAUUGUGCUAAUAGCCGUGCGCCUGCAAGAACGCUGAAGGAGAGCUCCGAGCAGGCGGGCAUGGUAAAGGCGAUAGCUAACGAAUUAAAAAGCGGAACUGGUGAUCACAGAGUUUAAAUACAAAUUAAUGCAAACCGUAAUGCAUAUUGCAAAGAAAAGAAAUAAGCAAACUACCACCCGAUGGGUUUCACUUUUCGAUUCCGUACAUCCGAUAGCGGCUUCGAUAGGACUCUCGGGGAGAAAAUACAAAUCUCUUCAAUACGGAUGGAUUGUUCGACU